AGCUAGUCCCUCUUCCAGACACCAUUUAUAUCUAACAGUAAUACAAAAUAUUCUCUUCCUUUCCAGUUAUCACCAUGUGGUCCGGCAAGAAGUGCUCGGACACGAACGCCAGCACCCCUACUGCUGAGGAGGAGAUCAAGGUGGUGCUGGUGGGAGACACCCAGUGCGGGAAGACCUCGCUAGUGCAGAGAUUUGUCUCCGAUACAUUUAUAGAGGCGUACACACCGACGGGUUUCGAGAAGUAUGGCUGCACCUGCGCAGUCGCAGACUACAGAGUCAACUUCUCCGUAUGGGAUACGUCAGGUACAACAGCAUAUGACACGGUGAGACCGCUGGCGUACCAGGACGCGAGGGUGUUCAUGUUGUGCUUCAACAUUGCCGAACCCGAGACCUUGCACAACGCUGCCGCCAAAUGGUUCAGAGAAGUUCGGACCCACGGCGGCUCGGCCCCUGUGCUGCUCUGCGGCUGCAAGGCUGACCUUCGGCACGACAAAGAGACACUCACCAUGCUGUCCAAACUCAGAACACAUCCAGUCACUAGUGAAGAGGCUCUAUCGGUAGCGAGACAGCUUGGUGCGAUGACCUACGUGGAGACAUCAGCCAGGGCUUCCACAAAAGGCGUAAAAGACGCUUUCGAGGUCGCUGCACUCGCCGCGCUCGGAAAACUAAAUAAACAGCAAAUGAAACAACAGAAACAAGCUGGCCGUAGCAAAAGCAAGCGCGACUUGAAAGCCGAACUGAAAGGGCGCGCGAAGAGUUGCUGCGUCAUGUGAUCCGUGGCCGGCCACCCUUCUCGGUGGCCGCACGACUGUUAGGCGACCACCGCCCCCUCUUCUAGAACCCAAUCGUUCCACAAGGAACCCGACCGGGCCUAAGUAUACGCCUUGCGGGACCCCGACGUAAUUUUUCACUGACGUUGUUCUCCAUCCAACAAGCGAGAACAAAAAUACGACACAUGUAUUAAGUGUCACUAUUUAUUAUGUUUAAGUGAAAUGACUACGUGCGAUGUGAAGAAAUAAAUGUUAAUGUAAGUGUGAUUCGUUAUCGAAAGCCUAAUAGAGAACUAUUAUUAUUAAUGUAUGAUAAAUUUACAAUGGGAGGGGAACGAAGUUCGUUGGACUUUAGGUGAAGGUAUCAGUAAAUAAAAAGGUGCAAUGAAAUUAUAGCCCUCAGGGUUAGAGCGUGAGCCUGUGAUAAAAGUAAAAAUAGAAAAUUUGCGAUGAAAAAUAGAAUUGUUAGAUUGAAUUAAACGGCGAGACGACGCUCAUUUUGGCAUUAUAUAUCAUCAGAAUAACAAACAUUAAUGUAAAAGAUCAUAUUAGUUAGGAAGAUAUAUUCGUUUUCAUAUACAUGAACAGAACGUAAUACUAAGUGUAAAUUGAUGUUUUCUAUAAGAUAGCAUUCAUUUGUACAGAUUGUAUAAUUGUUGUUUUAUGUAGGACCAAUGUUGCUAUUAAUUUUGAUGUGGCUUCAUUUUUUAAGGCUACGAGUUGAAAAUUUUCUUUGUGAUAUGAAUACGUAAAUAUAACUUAAAAUGCACAAAGGUGGACAAUACUAAAUAAGAGAGGUCCAUUGACUAGUUAAUUCAUGUCCAUGUUGCUAUAGGUGUUAGUAUUUUGUACCUUUACAAUAAUAUUGAACGAAUAAAUGUUGCUUCUCUGUGGAAAGACGUAGAUUCAAGUAAUGUUAAGAUCAUUCUUCACUUUGCGAUUUGAAACAUUAAAUUUCUUUAAAUCUCUCAUUUGGCUUUAUCAAAAUUGAAUUUUACCGACAAUUGUCUAUAUUGCUUAGUUUGUAAAGCUAUUGGUGGAUGAGACACUUCCAAUGGCCGUAAAAUCCUGCCUACCUUCACUAAUAUUCAGUGGAAGAAAAAGACAAUUUAAAGCUAAGUUGUAUUUUGAAACAAUGUUUGUAGUAAUGUUCUACAUUUUCAGAUUCACUUAAACAGUUGAAAUUCUGUCCCGUUUCAAUAAGGUCGAAAAACCGAAGCAAAAACCUAAAACACUUAGGGCUUGUUGAACUUCAUCCUAUUCCUAAGUUAUUUUAACCAAAAUGUCCGCUCAUUUUCAUCUUAUGAAACCCGAAGCAUGAAAUAAUAAAAGCAAGCGUUGAAUGUCACAACUUACAAUUAGAUUUCGAGUCACGUGACCCGUAACUCAAGGCACAGCCACUCCCAUAGUCCCUAGCGCGAUAUAAAACUAAAAAUGAAUAAUACGAAAAUAAAUGAAUAACGAAAAUUUUAAACUAGCUGAAUAAGCUGGUUUCGUCCGCAUAAUUGGUACACUAUUAAAAUCUUUACAUUUAAAUCUUCUUUAAUUUAAAAUCGGUACAACUCUUGUAGUAGGUACCUAUAUGAAAGAAAAUUACAAAUAAAAUUGAAUUUAAAAUUUUACCAUUGAGUUUUAUAAUAAAUCAUUUUUGAGUUAUGGUCAUAGAGACUUAUCCGACAUUAUUUUUAUGAGCGUAAUAAAUAUACAUUUAAUUAAUAUUCUUAAAUAAUUAAAUAUCCAACUUAUUCCACAUAAAUAAUUGUUUGAAAGUUAAUAGGACUCGGAUUCUAAUCAGUUUCUUUGAUUAAAAUACGGACAAAAUUUAAUAACUUAUUGUGACAAAGUACUUCUGUUUUACACCCUGUAAAAUAUGUCUUUUAGUAAAUUUCUAAAGCACUCAAGACGAGCAUUUGAAACCACUAGCUUUUAAAAUUAAAGUAAUAA